GUAAGUGAAGUGACAUUUUGAAAAAUAAUUCGUAAUACACAGAUCAAUAAUUGGUGUUUUUUAUUUAUCAAAGAAAUGGAAUUGUUUAAAACAGAUGAUUUUUAUAUAUUUGUGAAGGGUGAACAUUCAUUGUGGUGGGAUCGACAGACAAGUGCAUUAAUUCCAAAAGCAGGAUGGGAACUUACAAAUGCCGAUGAUCCAGUGUGUUUAGGUGUAUGUUAUGGAAUAAUUGGAAAGGUAUAUCAUCCUGCAGUAUUUUAUCCAAGAUUGUUAUUGAUUAAAAAAUGCACACCUGUUGGAAAAAUCCAUGGGACCCAUACCUUAUUCAAAAUAAAGUCAGUGGUAUUCUUGGAAUCGAAUUUAGAUGAUCCAGACUUAGGACUGGAUAAGUGUUCCAAACAUUUGUCCGAUACAAAUGAAAAAAAUAAAGGAAGUAAUUUCUUUGACAUUCAAAAAAAUCCCACGUUUUCUAAAACAUGGGGAACACUUAAAAGUGCUGGAAAUAGCAUAAAAAAUUCAACACAACAAGCUGCAGCAAUUGCAACUGGCACACCAAAAAAAAAGGAUCCUAAAGACAGAGAAAAAUUUGAGAAAAGAAUUAUUGACGAGUUUUAUAAAAUUUUUUGUGAUACUGAUUCAUUUUAUUUCUGUGAAACCUGUGAUAUUACAAACUCAUUGCAAAGAUUAUGUUGCAUUGAAAAAGAUACUGAUCUGAAAACAUCAGCACUUUGGAAAAUUGCAGAUGACAAAUUUUUCUGGAACAAGUACAUGCUACGUGAUCUCAUUGAUUUAAAUAAUCCUUUCGGUGAUCCUUGGAUUCUACCAAUAAUACAGGGUUUUGUUCAGAUUGAAAAUUGCAAAGUUCUGGUCCAUAGUGAUGGAGCUCAAUUAAAUUAUGAAAUAUUUACUUUGACACUUAUUUCAAGGAGAAGUCGUUACAGAGCAGGAACAAGAUAUAAAAGAAGAGGAGUGGAUGAAAAUGGAGAAUGUGCUAAUUAUGUGGAAACUGAACAGAUCGUCACCUUUCAGCAGCAUGAAGUGUCUUUUGUUCAAGUUAGAGGCUCUGUUCCAAUUUAUUGGUCUCAGCCAGGGUUUAAAUACAGGCCACCGCCUAGAAUUGAUAAAGGGGAAGAAGAAAAUCAGGUUGCAUUUGCAAAACAUUUUGCUAAAGAAAUUGCCAAAUAUGGACCUGUUUGCAUAAUAAACCUUAUUGAACAAACAGGAAAAGAGCGAAUAGUGUGGGAAGCCUACACGAAUCACGUUCUUCAGCUUAAUUGCCCUGAACUUGUAUACUGUACUUUUGACUUUCACGAAUAUUGUCGUGGGAUGCAUUUUGAAAACGUGUCAAUUCUUGUUAAUGCUGUCACUGACAUUCUAAGGGAUAUGGGCUAUUGUUGGAGGGACAGUCAGGGGCAUAUUUGUUCCCAAGUUGGUGUGUUUCGAGUCAAUUGUAUUGAUUGUUUAGAUAGAACAAACGUUGUACAGACAGCAUUGGGAAAGGCUGCUAUGGAAAUUCAAUUCACCAAAUUAGGUCUUAUACCUCCUGAUGGUACCAUGCCUGAUUCUCUAAAGAAAACCUUCCAAUUACUAUGGGCUAAUAAUGGCGACACUAUUAGUAAGCAGUAUGCCGGUACCAAUGCAUUAAAGGGCGAUUAUACUAGAACUGGAGAAAGAAAAAUCUCAGGGAUAAUGAAAGAUGGUAUGAAUUCAGCAAACAGAUAUUUUAAACAUCACUUCAAAGACAAUUUACGUCAAUGUUGUCUUGAUUUGAUGUUGGGACAGAAACUUAGUCUAACCGAAGUACAAGACUUCUGGUACCAUUUAAAUACGAUCGACAAUAUAGUUGACGAACUUAUCCCCAUAGAACCACCCUCAUACAUUCCACAAAUUGCUCUCGAACAGGAAACUGCCCUCUUUAACGUCCUUUAUCAUAUGACUAGAUACUAUUUGAGCCGUUUCAAAGAUUCUACACGACAAGGAACAAUAGAUCUGAUGUUAGGAAAUGGGGUUUCAGAAGAAUCUUUUACCGAUUUCAAGCCUCAAGAAGAAGAAGAUAACACCAUCACUGCUGAACAUGUAAAAUUGUUGAUUGAAGACUGUAAAAAGUUCUUGCUCCAAAAUCUUGAGCUUGUGUUAGGAGCCUGGGGAUUGAUAAAUGCGAAUCCGUACAUGUGUGAUCCUAAUGAAACUGAAAUGGAUUCCAUUUUAAUACUUACUAAAGAAUCGUAUUUUGUGGCUGAAUAUGACGAUCAAGUCGAUCGUAUUACAAAGUACGAAACUGUACCGUUAAGUGACAUAACGUCUUUGGAAUUUGGUGUACCGGAGUCAAUGACUUCUUUAUUCAAAACAACGAAAAAUCAUUAUUGUAUUCGUAUUAAUUAUAAAAUUAACGACUGCGAUGGAUACUUUCAUAUGUUUAGAUCGACGAAUUUGCGAUUUUUUAAUAACAUGACAGUCAUCAUUAAAAAUGUUGAAGAAGAAAUUGAAUCUCUGAAAUCCAUCUGCGAAACAUUUCUAGUUGCUUUAGAAAUAGCUAAGCUUCCACCUGUUCCGUUUAUUCAGGGACAGAAAUUGGAAAAAAAGAAGUGCAACGCGCGUAAUUCUGGCAAAACCAAUAGCAGUAUUUAUUUAGAUGUUGUGGGAUUACCCCAAAUUACAAGAAACGUUUCUGAGACACAGCUGAUGAAUUUAAAAAAUGCAGGUUCUAAAGCACUGUCUAAUGUAACUCAACAAUUUAAAAAGAUUAAUCGUUUGGGUUCACCCUUUAUGAAAUCUCAAAAAACCUCCACUUUUGUUAUUGGUGGAUCAAAACAGACCGAAUCUUCUAGCGAAUCAGAAGAUGAGGCUUAUGAAAACUCGAUUUUCCAACCAAAAAAGGAAGACAUGAUAGAACAAGGGAUUGAACUAACAGAAACUUCUAAAGUAUAUGAGUCUCCAAAGACUGAAUUAAAACCUGAUACUUUUCUUCCCAGUGUUGGCAUUGUGAUGGCUUCAUCAAAUGCUGAUAGUAAUAACGAAGGAUAUGGAAACUUUGAUAAUCCCCCAGUAAUUCAAAUAAAUAGUGAGGAGCUGAAGCAGAAGGCUGCUAAACCUCCCAACGCUCUACAAUUGGAUCGAACUCACAGUCACUCCUCAGGAGAAGUGAAUUCUGAUGAUGCAGCGAUAGAUCCGAAUCUAAUUUUUAUUGCAAAUGAGAAAAGAUCGAAUUCCGAGCAAGACCUGACACUGAAUAUAUCUCAGUCUCAAAGCGAAUCUGCAUUGAAAACUCGGUUUGCAAAUAUAACAAGUCCAGUGGCAAACGUUACCAAAGAUCUCGUAUUAUCACCGUUUUCAAAAUUAGCCAAAGGUGUUCAGAACAUAGGUUCGAAUUUAGAUCCUCGGAAGCUCAGCAUCAGCGGCAGAGGAUUCACAGAAAGAGAUAUCGAAGAACAUAAAAAAUUGCAGGAGAAAUGGAAGGAUUGCAAAACACGCCUUAUAGCUCUGUAAUAUUUUAGAUGAUUAGCAGCAGUCUUAUAUAUUGUGUAGGUGUAGGCAAACUUCCUUAUAGGAAACAAGAGUCAAUUGAAAAUUUAUAACAGUAAUAUAGACGAAAAAGGGCGAAAGUAUCUACGCAGUACCUUUUGUCAUAGAAGUGCUUUAUUUAUUAAUCUUUUUAUUGUCCGAUGUUAACAAACAGCCAUUUUUGCCACCAGAUUAGAAAUUAUAAAAAGCAUAUACAGGGUGAUUUAUUUUUGCUAAUUUCCAAUCUAUUUAUUAUAGAAGUAGCGAUUAUUAAAUCAAUUUAUUAGCAACAAAAGGUUUCUUUAAUGAACUAUUCAUUUACUGUAAUUAUUCUUAUAUCACCCUGUGUGCAUAAAUGUACUCUUUUUCAGAUAGGCAUAUGUAUAUCAAGAUACAGAUUGAUAGAAAAAUGUGUAAGGAUGUGUAAAAGGUAGUAAUCAUUUUUUUUCUUUUUUAAAUUUAAUGUUAAAUAUUGAAAUUUCGUUUGAGAUCGCUUUAAACGAAAAAUUUGUAGUUGCUCAAUUUUUGCCUAAAAAGUAGAAAAUAUAUACGUAGGUAUUUCAGUAUUUUUUGUGAUCUUUUUUAUAAUUGCCAAUGUUAAGAUGCUUUUGGAUAGUUUGUAGAAGAUAGUAGAACAAAAUUAAUUAAUUAAGUAGUAAUUAUUUUUUAAAUUAUGUAAUAACUAUUUGUAAGUCAAAUGUAUUUUGUUCCUACUUGUUUUUGUUACUUAAACUAUUUUAUUGUUGAAAAUGCUAAGGCUUUAAGGCCCGGCGUUAUCUGAAAAAGGUUCAAAGUUCGAACUUCACGACCGUGAUCCAGCAUUCGAUCUAUUCAUUCAACGAGUAUGCGGAUGGAGUCGAAUUCUGAAUCACGCUCAUUAAACAUAAGCACCAGUAUUGAAUUCUUUUCAGAUGGUUUGUUAUUAUUAUUUUUAUGACUAACGUUCAGCUGUUAUAAAUUAAAUAUAAAAAUACGUAUAAAAAAAGAAUUAAGAAUAUAUGUAAUAAUCAUUUGUUAUGCAAACUGAAUUUUAGAUCAGUUAAUUGCACACGUAUAAAUUAUUUUCGUUCUAAUUUUAAUUUAACUUGACUACUUGAAUACGUAUUUGGCCACAUUACAGUAAGAAAAUGGUAAAUAGUUGUUAUACGUUAUUAUUUUAAAUAUAUAAUGUGCAGUGCAA